AUGGAACUUAAAUAUAAGGAAUUCACUGAGAAACUGAAGAGUGACCUGGCAUCAGUGGAUUCUCACGUAUUAACUUGUGAUUGUUGCAGCGACUGCAAAAAUCAAAGCUACUUAGGGAUUACAGAUCACUACCUAUCUCCAGAUGUGGCUCUGCAGUCAGCGAUUUUGGGAGUCUAUCCACUUGACGAGCGCCAUUCGGGGGACUAUUUGGGUCAGAAACUCACGGAUGCUUUGGAGACAUACGAUGUAAAAUUAUCGGAUGUAACCGCCGUUGUCACCGACGGAGGAACGAACAUGAUCAAAGCGGUGCAAGAUACGGUCGGUUUAUCGCGUCAUGUGAUUUGUGUUGCCCAUAGUUCAGCGCAUGUCGUCCCUGAUGCGCUGAAACCCAUGGAAACUCUUCCAAACAUUAUUGAUGGUGCAAGAGAGAUCGUCAAAGCAGUCCGUCGGAGUGUCGUGUUAACUGACCACCUGAAGAAGCAGCAAAAAAGAGAAGGUGCUAGCGAUGGAAACUUGCUAGUUCUGCUGAUGGACACUCCCACAAGGUGGAAUUCCACGUAUGAAAUGCUCAGAUGUUUUGUCGAUAUGAAAUCAUUCGUAGCCACCACUCUCCUGGAAUCGAAUACAAGGCUAGAACUCCCUCGACGUGAUGAAAUGGAGAUGUUGGAUGAGGCAACCCAACUCAUGAAACCCCUCAGGGAUGCAAUUAUUGAACUCUCAGGUCAGAAAUACGCCACUGGAGGCACAGUAAUCCCAGUGACGCGUUGUGUCAAAACAACUCUUGAGAAAAUGACUCCAAUCACAGUAACUGGGCAACAGUUGCAGGAGGCGCUGUUGAAAGCCUUGGACAAGCGUUUUCGCAACAUUGAAGAUAAUGAGGUGUUGGCAAUUUCGACAAUUCUGGACCCUCGAUUCAAAAGAGUCCACUUUGAAUCAGCUUUGUCAGCCGCUACUGUUAUUGGUAAAAUUGAUCGAUUCAUGAAGGCCGAAGCCAGGAAGGAUCGGUCGAAACCACGACAAGUGAAAGAACCUGAGUUAGGGGCGGAGCCCAGUCUCUGGGACUAUCACGAGGAAUUGGUAACUAACAAAGUGCUGUCUGCCGAUGUCAGUUCAGCAGCUUUUCACGCAGAGUUAACCCAGUACAUCAGUCAAGGGGUAAUCCUAAGAGACAACGAUCCAAUCCAAUACUGGAAAAGUGUUGGGCAAGGCUUUCCACUGUUGUCAAAAGUCGCGAUGAAGUUUUGUAAUGUGGUAGGGUCAUCCGUACCUUCGGAGCGUCUUUUUUCCACAGCUGGCAAUGUUGUCACCGAUUCUCGUAAUCGACUGACGGGUGAGCAUGUUAACAUGCUGGUUUUUUUGGGAUGUGUACCUCAACAUUAUUGGGAUUUGGUUUAA